AUGAAAAUGCUGCUGAUUUUGUUCCUUAUAAUUAUUUGUUCCCAUGUCUCUAUGAGCAAAGAUCCCGGCCCUGAGUAUGCAGAUGUGGUGUUUCUGGUGGACAGCUCAGAUCACCUGGGAACUAAGUCCUUCCCCUUUGUGAAAGCGUUCAUCAACAAGAUGAUCAGCAGUCUGCCCAUAGAGGCCCACAAGUACCGCGUGGCCCUGGCCCAGUACAGCGACCAGUUCCACAAUGAGUUCCAGCUGAGCACCUUCAGGAGCAGGAACCCCAUGCUGAACCACCUCAAGAAGAACUUCGGCUUCAUGGGCGGCUCCCUGCGCAUCGGCCACGCGCUCCGGGAGGCGCACAGGACCUACUUCUCUGCGCAGGCUGGCGGGAGGGACAAGAAGCAGUUUCCCCCAAUUCUAGUGGUCCUGGCUUCCGCGGAAUCUGAGGAUGACGUGGAAGAGGCCUCCAAAGCCCUGCGGGAAGGUGGGGUGAGAAUCGUGUCCGUGGGGCUGCAGGAUGCUUCCGAGGAACAGCUGAAGGCCAUGGCCACGGCUCAGUUUCAUUUCAACCUCCGGUCGGUCAGGGACCUUGGCGCGUUUUCCCAAAACAUGACACAGAUCAUCAAGGAAGCCACUCAGUACCGGGAUGGAGCAGCGGAUGAUAUUCUUGUGGAAGUUUGCCAAGGCCCAUCUGUGGCUGACGUGGUGUUCCUGUUAGAUGUGUCGGUCAAUGGCAGCCAGGAGAACUUUGACUACCUCAAGGAAUUCCUGGAAGAGAGUGUAUCUGCUCUUGACAUAAAGGAAAACUGCAUGAGGGUUGGCCUGGUGACCUACAGCAAUGAGACAAAGGUGAUAAAUUCACUCAGCAGGGGCAUAAAUAAGUCAGAGGUUCUCCAGAAUAUACAGAAUCUCUCUCCCCGGGCUGGGAAGGCUCACACAGGAGCUGCCAUCAGAAAGAUCAGGAAGGAAGUGUUCAGCGCACGCAAUGGCAGUCGGAAGAAUCAGGGGGUGCCCCAGAUCGCCGUGCUGGUGACCCACAGACCCUCAGAGGAUAAUGUGACCAAGGCGGCCGUUAACCUCCGGCGCGAGGGCGUGACCAUCUUCACCAUGGGCAUCGAGGGAGCCAGUGACAGCCAGCUGGAAAAGAUCGCCUCUCACCCCGCCGAGCAGCAUGUGUCCAAACUGAAAACCUUCUCCGACCUGGCUGCUCACAACCAGACGUUUCUGAAGAAGCUGCGGAACCAGAUCACGCACACUGUCUCUGUUUUCUCUGAACGCACGGAAACUCUCAAAUCCGGUUGUGUGGAUACCGAAGAAGCAGACAUUUACCUUCUCAUCGAUGGCUCUGGAAGCACCCAGGCCACAGACUUCCACGAAAUGAAGACCUUCCUGUCCGAGGUGGUAGGGAUGUUCAACAUUGCUCCCCAAAAGGUGCGGGUUGGGGCUGUCCAGUACGCUGACAGCUGGGACUUGGAAUUUGAGAUCAAUAAAUACACUAACAAGCAUGACUUGGGAAAGGCCAUCGAGAACAUCCGGCAGAUGGGUGGGAACACAAAUACAGGUGCAGCCCUGAAUUUCACACUAGGGCUCUUGCAAAAAGCAAAGAAGCAGCGAGGAAACCGAGUGCCCUGUCAUCUUGUUGUCUUGACCAAUGGCAUGUCCAAGGAUAGCAUCUUGGAGCCUGCGAACAGACUGAGAGAAGAGCUCAUUCGUGUUUAUGCCAUUGGGGUCAAGGAGGCCAACCAAACACAGCUGCGAGAAAUUGCAGGCGAGGAAAAGAGGGUAUACUAUGUGCAUGACUUCGAUGCUUUGAAAGACAUAAGAAACCAAGUUGUUCAAGAAAUCUGUGCUGAAGAAGCCUGCAAAGAGAUGAAAGCAGACAUCAUGUUUCUGGUGGACAGUUCUGGCAGUAUAGGACUUGAAAACUUCAUCAAAAUGAAAACAUUUAUGAAAAACCUGGUGAGCAAAUCUCAGAUUGGGGCAGAUCGGGUACAAAUCGGCGUAGUCCAGUUCAGCGACAUCAAUAAGGAGGAAUUUCAGCUCAACAGAUAUAUGUCCCAAAAUGAAAUUUCAGAUGCAAUAGACCGGAUGACUCACAUUGGAGAAACGACCUUGACUGGUAGUGCCCUGACCUUUGUGUCUCAGUACUUCAGCCCUGCUAAGGGGGCCCGGCCCAAUGUCAGGAGGUUUCUCAUCCUCAUCACUGACGGUGAAGCUCAGGACAUAGUCAAGGACCCAGCAGUAGCACUUCGACAAGAAGGCAUAAUUAUCUACUCAGUGGGGGUAUUUGGUUCCAAUGUCACCCAGCUCGAGGAAAUCAGCGGGAGGCCCGAGAUGGUAUUCUAUGUUGAGAACUUUGAUAUUCUGCAGCACAUUGAAGAUGACCUUGUUUUUGGAAUAUGCAGCCCCCGGGAAGAAUGCAAGCGGAUUGAAGUUUUGGAUGUUGUGUUUGUAAUUGACAGCUCUGGAAGCAUUGACCAUGAUGAAUAUAAUAUCAUGAAAGACUUUAUGGUUGACUUGGUGAAAAAAGCUGAUGUUGGCAAGAAUCAGGUCCGGUUUGGGGCACUGAAGUAUGCUGAUGACCCAGAGGUGCUGUUUUAUCUGGGUGACCUUGGCACAAAAUGGGAGGUGAUUUCGGUGCUUCAGAAGGACCAGCCCAUGGGGGGCAACACUUACACCGCCGAGGCCUUAGGCUUCUCAGACCACAUGUUCACUGAAGCCAGGGGCAGCCGUCUGCAGAAAGGGGUCCCCCAAGUCCUCAUUGUGAUCACUGAUGGGGAAUCCCAUGAUGCAGAUAAGCUCAAUGCCACAGCCAAGGCCUUGAGGGACAAAGGCAUUCUUGUCCUGGCCGUGGGGAUUGCUGGUGCCAAUCCUGUGGAGCUGCUAGCCAUGGCAGGAUCGAGUGACAAGUACUUUUUUGUGGAGACGUUUGGAGGCCUGAAGGGAAUAUUUUCAGAUGUGUCUGCCAGUGUAUGUAACUCUUCGAAAGUAGAUUGUGAAAUUGAAAAAGUAGAUCUUGUGUUUCUCAUGGAUGGUUCAAAUAGCAUUCAUCCAGAUGACUUCAAGAAGAUGAAGGAAUUCUUGGCAUCUGUUGUUCAAGACUUUGAUGUCAGUAUCAACAGAGUACGUAUAGGUGCUGCCCAGUUCAGCCAUACCUAUCGGCCAGAAUUUCCACUGGGAAAUUUCAUAGGCAAGAAGGAGAUCUCAUUUCAGAUUGAAAACAUCCAGCAGAUCUUUGGAUACACGCACAUUGGUGCUGCACUCCGGCAGGUCGGGCAUUACUUUCGGCCAGACAUGGGCAGCCGGAUAAAUGCAGGUACCCCGCAGGUGUUGCUGGUCCUCACGGAUGGCCAGUCCCAAGAUGAGGUGGCCCAGGCCGCUGAAGACCUGAGACACAGAGGCAUUGACAUUUACUCUGUGGGCAUUGGAGAUGUGGAUGAUCAACAGCUCAUUCAGAUCACCGGGACUGCAGAUAAAAAACUGACGGUCCAUAACUUUGAUGAACUGACAAAGGUCAAGAAAAGGAUAGUUCGCAACAUCUGUACCUCGGGGGGUGAGAGCAAUUGUUUUGUGGACGUUGUGGUGGGAUUUGACAUCUCAACUCAUGAGAAUGGGCAGACUUUGAUUGAAGGUCAGCCUUGGAUAGAAACCUACCUUCAAGACCUCUUACGUGCCAUCAGCUCCCUCAAUGGGGUAAGCUGUGAGGUGGGCACAGAGACUCAAGUUAGUGUGGCUUUUCAAGUGACCAAUGCCAUGGAAAAAUAUUCACCCAAGUUUGAGAUCUACAGUGAAAACAUACUGAACAGCUUGAAGGAUGUAACAGUAAAAGGACCAUCUCUUCUUAACACAAACCUCUUGAGUUCUCUGUGGGAUGCGUUUCAGAAUAAAUCAGCUGCACGAGGAAAGGUGGUUCUCUUAUUUUCAGACGGAUUGGAUGAUGACAUUGAAAAGCUUGAACAAAAAUCUGAUGAACUUAGAAAAGAAGGCCUGAAUGCCCUCGUAACCAUUGCUCUGGAUGGAGCCACCGAUUCCAGUGACCUGGCUGAUCUUCUCUACAUUGAAUUUGGGAAAGGGUUUGAGUACAGAACCCAGCUUACUGUUGGAAUGAGGGACCUUGGGAGCCGACUGUCAAAGCAACUGGUUAAUGUUGCUGAAAGGACAUGCUGCUGUUUAUUCUGCAAGUGCAUUGGAGGGGAUGGCAUAAUGGGGGAUCCUGGACCACCGGGGAAAAAGGGAUCCCCAGGUUUUAAAGGCAGUGAGGGCUAUCUGGGAGAGGAAGGCAUUGCUGGAGACCGAGGAGCCAGUGGCCCAGUGGGAGAGCAAGGCACUAAAGGAUGCUAUGGUGCCAAAGGUCCCAAGGGAAACAGGGGACUAAAUGGACAGGAGGGAGAAGUUGGAGAAAGCGGAAUUGGUGGAUUAAAUGGAGAACAGGGUGAGAGUGGUCUUCCUGGAGAAAAAGGAGAAAAGGGUGAUGAAGGAUCCCAGGGAAGCCCAGGAAAGCGAGGGGUUCCUGGUGAACCAGGUGCAAAGGGCCUGCGAGGAGACCCUGGAGUUCCUGGAUUUGACAAUACCAUAGAAGGACCUAAGGGCUUGAAAGGACAACGUGGAAGACAAGGUAGAAGAGGCUGGCCAGGCCCUCCUGGAACACCAGGCUCCAGAAGAAAGACAGCAGCUCAUGGCCGAAGGGGACAUACAGGCCCACAGGGGAAAAUAGGUAUCCCGGGCCCAGAUGGACUUGAAGGCUCAUGGGGACUUAAAGGCCCUCAGGGUCCCAGAGGAGAGACUGGUGUGAAAGGCGAGAAUGGAGGUCUGGGAAGUAAAGGUCCUCAGGGGCCUCCAGGAUCAGGAGGAGAAGCAGGGAAUCCAGGUCGUUUGGGAAGCCAAGGAAAUAAAGGAGAACCUGGAGAUUUGGGAGAAAAAGGAGCUGUUGGCCUCCCGGGUCCUCGAGGCUUGCCGGGUGAUGAUGGCAACCCAGGUUAUGGUAGCAUUGGAAGUAAAGGAGCAAAGGGGCAAGAAGGAUUUCCCGGAGAAAGUGGACCUAAGGGUGAGAUUGGGGACCCUGGUGGUCCAGGAGAAACUGGACCCAAGGGAGCUAGAGGCAAGACGAUAUCCACUGGGCCUCCAGGAAAGAUGGGAUCCCCUGGGGAGCCAGGACCUCCUGGACGCAAGGGUAUGAAAGGGGCCAGAGGACUGGCUUCAUUUUCUAUGUGUGAGCUCAUUCAGUAUGUACGGGACCACAGCCCUGGCGGACAUGGAAAACCAGAAUGCCCCGUGCAUCCCACCGAACUGGUGUUUGCCUUGGACCAGUCUCGAGAUGUCACCAAGCAGGAAUUUGAGCGCAUGAAGGAGCUGAUGUCUUCCCUGGUGAGGGGCGUCAGGAUCCGGGAGAGCAGCUGCCCGGUGGGCGCACGCAUCGCCGUCCUCACCUACACCUCUCACGCCCGACACCUCAUCCGCUUCUCAGACGCCUACAAGAAGAACAAGCUCCUCAGGGAGAUUGAAGCUAUUCCUUACGAGAGGUCCUCAGACAGCAGGGAGAUCGGCAAAGUGAUGAGGUUUAUCUCCAGGAAUGUCUUCAAACGAACACUUCCAGGGGCUCACACAAGAAGAAUCGCCACCUUCUUCAGCAGCGGCCAGUCUGCCGAUGCCCAGACCAUUGCCGCAGCAGCUAUGGAAUUCAGUGCCCUUGACAUCAUUCCGGUCGUGAUCGCGUUCAGCAACGUGCCCUCCAUCAAGCGUGCGUUUGCGAUUGAUGACACUGGCACAUUCCAAGUCAUAAUGGUUCCAUCUGGGACUGACUACGCGCCAGCAUUAGAGAGACUCCAGCGGUGCACUUUCUGCUAUGAUGUAUGCAAGCCGGACCCUUUUUGCGAUCAAGCCAAACCACCCCCUGCAGAGUCUUACAUGGAUGCUGCUUUUCUUCUGGACAGCUCCCGGCAUGUGGGAAGUGCUGAUUUUGAAGACAUAAGACACUUUUUGGGAGCACUGUUAGAUCACUUUGAGAUCACCCCAGAGCCUGAGACCUCUGUCACUGGAGACCGGGUAGCCCUCUUAAGCCAUGCUCCCCCCAACUUCCUGCCCAACACUCAGAAGAGUCCUGUUAGAAGUGAGUUCAACCUUACCACCUACAAUAGCAAACGCCUCAUGAAGAGACACCUGGAAGAAUCAGUUCAACAACUAAAUGGAGAUGCUUUCAUCGGUCAUGCCUUACAGUGGACCCUGGACAAUAUUUUUUUAAAUACACCCAAUAUGAGAAGAAACAAAGUCAUAUUUGUGAUAUCUGCUGGGGAAACCAGUCACUUGGACAGGGAAACCUUAAAGAAAGAAUCCUUGAGAGCCAAAUGUCAAGGUUAUGCCCUAUUUGUGUUUUCCCUUGGCCUUACUUGGAAUGACAAGGAACUGGAAGAUCUAGCCAGCUACCCUUUGGAUCACCACUUGGUCCAGCUUGGCCGAAUUCAUAAACCUGACCACAGAUACAGUGUGAAGUUUGUGAAAUCUUUCGUAAACUCAAUCAGGCGUGCAAUCAACAAAUAUCCACCCUUAAACUUCAAAAUGAAGUGCAGCAGACUCAGCUCUACAGACCUGAAGCCACCCCCGCAGCAGUGGCGAAGCUUUGUUCCUGGACCACAUAAAACUGCCCUCAAAGAAGAUGUAUUACAGAAGGCAAAGUUUUUUCAAGAUAAAAAAUAUCUUCCAAGAGUAGCAAGAGGCAGCAGUGAUGAUAUUAUUCGAAAUCUGACCAGAAACACAUUCCAUACCUUUAAAAAUGGAAAAAAGGUGAUAAAAGCUGCUCCAAAACAAUAUGAUAAAGGAAGUGCUUAAAGAAUUUAGCCUUAGGAAGCAUGGUAAGACUGUGGAUUUAAGUAACUAAAUUCAUUGCCAUAACUAUCAGAAACUUUUAUUUGGAUAUUCACCCAUAUCCACAAGUCCAAUCUGGAGGGCUGGACAAAACACAGGUUGUAGAUUAUUGGGCAAUUUAACCCUUUGCACUCAUUGGUAUUAAGAUGGAUCUUGUCCAUUUCUUGGAGCACAUCUCA